AAUUCAGUUUUGGGAUUGGUAAAAUUGGGGUAAGGAACGAUCCAGGAACCUUAAACCGACGAAUACAGAGGCAUUGGAGUGAAAUUGGGGUUGACUGAAGUGGGCCAAUUUAGAUGGCCAGACCAAUGUCGCCGCUUGAUUCUGAAAUUAAGAUCCACUGGAUGAGAUUUAGUGACCCAAAAACCUUCCGAUUGUACAGAGUGGGGGAAGAGAGAGAGAGAGAGAGAGAGCCAUGUGGGAAAAAGAGUUGGAAAGUUGAGUUGUUUUGGCUGUGGUUUUCGUUCUUAUCGUAAGGGAGUGGCAAUCGCCGUACAGCAGUUAGCGACCCACCACACCAAGUACUGCAUCAAUUCAUAUUCCGGAUCCGAUCUCUUCAUUACAAUUCGGGCACUAUUUCUCUUUUUUCGCUUCGCUGUUGUGUGUUUGCUUGGCUUCUCCUGAAUCUAGAGAUCCCUUCACAAUACCAUUUCUGGGUGGGGCAUACUCUGCUAAAUUACCCAUUUGGGUGAAUUCCCACAUCGAGAAAUCACUCUCUAUUUGAAGGAUUUCUUGCUUUCGAGAGCACUCAGUUGGGGUAUUGGCCUUUAGGGAUCUGGGUUUUCUUUGAUUGGCGAUGGGGAGUGCUGAGGAGAAGGUUGUUGCUGUGAUCAUGGUCGGCGGUCCUACUAAAGGGACUAGAUUUCGACCACUGUCAUUGAAUGUUCCAAAGCCUCUUUUUCCUUUGGCGGGACAACCAAUGGUUCAUCACCCAAUUUCUGCUUGUAAAAGGAUUCCAAACCUGGCUCAGAUCUAUCUUAUUGGUUUCUAUGAAGAGCGUGAAUUUGCAUUAUAUUUAUCAUCCAUUUCUAAUGAACUGAAAGUCCCUAUUAGAUAUCUGAAGGAACAGAAGCCUCAUGGUUCAGCUGGUGGACUUUUUCACUUCAGAGAUCUGAUCAUGGAAGACAGUCCGUCGCAUAUCUUCUUGCUGAAUUGUGAUGUUUGCUCGAGUUUCCCACUUCCACAAAUGCUAGAUGCUCACAAAAGCUACGGAGGGAUGGGAACAAUCCUUGUAAUCAGGGUUUCUGCUGAGGAAGCUAGCCAGUUUGGAGAGUUGGUUGCCGAUCCAACCACAAAUGAACUACUUCACUAUGCGGAAAAACCCGAAACUUUUGUGAGUGACCUCAUAAACUGUGGUGUCUACAUAUUUACACCAGAUAUAUUUUCUGCAAUCCAAGGCGUUUCCACGCAGCGGAAAGAGAGAGCGAAUUUAAGACGACUAUCUAGCUUUGAAGCCCUCCAGUCUGCAACAAGGAGCUUGCCUAAAGACUAUGUAAGAUUGGAUCAAGACAUCCUAUCGCCUCUUGCGGGGAAGAAACAGUUAUAUACGUACGAAACAAUGGACUUCUGGGAACAGAUCAAAACGCCUGCAAUGUCCUUGAGAUGCUCUGGCUUGUAUCUCGCCCAAUUCCGGGUCACCUCCCCGAACCUAUUGGCAAGUGGAGACGGCACGAAAAGCGCUAGCAUCACUGGUGAUGUUUAUAUUCAUCCUUCUGCGAAAGUACAUCCAACUGCUAAGAUUGGCCCUAACGUUUCGAUAUCUGCUAAUGCUCGAAUCGGGGCUGGUUCUAGGCUCAUCAGUUGUAUCAUCCUUGAUGAUGUUGAAAUUAAGGAUAAUGCAGUUGUCAUACAUGCAAUUGUUGGAUGGAAAUCUUCCAUUGGCCGAUGGUCUCGUGUCCAAGCUGAUGGAGAUUACAAUGCAAAGCGGGGAAUUACAAUUCUAGGUGAAGCAGUAGCGGUCGAGGACGAAGUAGUGGUGACAAACAGCAUUGUUCUCCCCAACAAGACUCUCAACGUGAGUGUUCAAGAGGAAAUAAUUCUAUGAAAAAGAACUCUCUUAUCAGUAAAUUUUUGUUUCCCAUUAAUGUUGUUUCUGCUUUAAAAACGGAUGCUGAAGCAUCAAGAGUUCAACUUCUGUAAAUUGGCAUCUGUAUGGAAUUGGUAAUAAGAACAUUGAUUCAAUUUUGCAAA